UAUUCUGUGCUCCAGUCUCUUGCUUGCUUUUGCUUUACUCUCCAGUGUAAGUGAAAAACCUAACCUCCUCAUUCCUUCAUCUUCAUAUUAUAGAAAAAGCAUGAUUAUUACAUAUAGCUAUUAUUGAAAAACAAAGAAUUUGAAGUUAAAUAUUUGUUUUUCACUGGAAGGUUCAAAAAUAUCAGCACCAGUCUCUCAAUAUUUUUGAAUCCCGACUUGAUUAUCAUGAUUGUUCACGUUCAUCAAAAAUGUAACUUCUCUUUGAAUAAUUAUUUUGUUUGACUCUUCAAGUAUUAAAGCAUUUCUACGGUCUUAUUGAAAGUUGACGAAGAAGGAUUUUUGAACUUGAUAAAGCUUGGUUGGUGAUAACUCGUUCUUACAGCAUGUUAUUUGACAAGAUCUCAUCCACAAGGUACCGAUUGCUGGACAAAUCAGAUAAUUCUGCCAACAACGAACAAUGAAGGUUCAAAUUAGAGAUAUUCGAACAGCAAGUUAUUACUCACAGCAUCCUUAUGAAUUCACAGCAUCCUUAUCGGUCGGAUGCUCCGCUGAGAGGUAAUAGCUAUGCAUCACAUUCGUACAACAACUCCCAAAACUAUGGCAACUACAGUCAUCACACAAAUGUUUGUUACAGAGCUCCAGCAUAUCAGGUUGCUCCUUAUUUCGACUCAAUAGAUCAGUCAGGUUCCAUUCAAGCCAACAUACCCACAAAUCACCAUGGAAUAGCGCAUUCAAACAUCAAUAAUGAUUAUUCAAAUCAUCAUGGAGCUCCUCCUUUUAAUCACAUACCAUUUUCACCCGAACAGAGGAAUCAUAUCGGUUACUCUGUCCCUCCAACAAAUUGCACACCCUCCAACGGAUUAGCACAUUUCAACAACUCUAUGACCUGUAGAAUUCAGCCGCGUUUUCCAUGUAACAAUAUCCAUUCACAAGUGAAAACAAACAUCGAUCACAAAGCUGAUGCAUUCAUAAACGAGAAUUUAAAAUGUGUUGAACAAAGAACAACAGUCUCUUUAAAAGCAUCUAUCCAGCAAAAUAAAAACGGUAUUAACCAAAAAUUUGGGACCAAAAAGUCUCUAGAUGAUGAAAUGCUUAAAUUUGUCUCAAAAAUCUUGCGCAUCUGAAAAAUCUUCCACGAUCUGAUAGAAGUAACUCUCUGAAACGAUCUCCCGAACACAGAAAUCACAGAAGAGAUAGAUCACGAAGCAGAAGUAGAAGCCGAGGCCGAAAUUUGAGAAAUCUUUCCAAAUCUCCUAGUCCUGUUCGUAGAUCAUCCUCCAGACUUCAAAGCCUACAGCCUUCUUUAAAAAGCAUUGUGAGAUAUUCUUCAACAUCCAGAUCUUCUCCCAGCACAUCUCUAAGUUAUAAAGAUGAAAAAACUAAUAAAAGUAGAUGUAGAACGUCCAGAAGUAGAUCACGAAGUAGAAGUGGAGAUAGAUAUUCUAGAAGACUCUCCCGAUCGCCCACUCGCAAAAAUAACUCGCAUAGAAGCUAUUCGAGGUCUAGGAGUAAAUCACCUGUUCCUAGAAAACCGUUACAAAAUCGCCAUCUCUCAUUUACUGACAGACAGCGGCAGACAAGCGUAAAGUGUACUGAACGAGAAGAGCUACUUCUAAAAUAUAAUAAAGACUACUGCCCAACCAUCACAGCUUUCAAGGAGAAAAUUAGAAGCAUGGAGGAUGAUACAGAAGAUUAUCUUGAAAGUAAAUGUUGGCUUAGAGAUACCCCAUCUGAAUUGUAUUACUUAGUACCUGAUCCAUUGCAUCCUAAUGUAAAUCAAUCAUCAAACAGACUAGACAAAUUGUGUGAGGAAUUUGAUAACGUUCUUAUCAGGAGAGCAGAGAGAGUCAGAUCAACUCUUCCAAAGUAUGAUUUACCUGUUAGGAAGAAAAAGUUGAAGCUAGCUAAACACAAGUGCGAUCAUACAGUGAGUUCAGAUGAGAGUCACUGUAGCAGCAGCAGUAGCAGCAGUAGUAGUAGUAGUGACUCAGAUGAAGAGGAUUGUACAAUGCAGGAACUGCAGCGUAAAAAGAGUCAUCCACUACGACUGCACCCUGAGCUUUGGUACAAUGACAAAGGAGAAAUGAAUGACGGCCCUCUCUGUCGGUGCAGUGCCAAAGCUAGUAGAUCAGGAAUAAGGCAUAACAUCUAUGCUGGCGAAAACAAUCUACCCAGGUGCUCAUUGAACAGCAAUAACAUUUCAAAGCUCUACCACUACAGGAUUACUAUCUCUCCACCAACCAACUUUCUUAUCAAAACUCCGACAAUCAUACCAUAUGAUAAUCAUGAAUAUAUAUUCGAGGGGUUCUCCAUGUUCUCUCAUAAGAAACUUGACAAACUUCCUGAUUGUAAAGUCAUCCGAUUUAACAUAGAAUACACCAUACUAUAUUUUGAAGAAGAAACUCCCAAGAACUUUACAAUAAGAGAACUCGAUCUUUUCCACAAAUAUUUAUUUGAAGAAUUGUUGGAAUUGGUUGAUCUUGAUUUCAAAGGAGCAGGUGGAGAUCCAGAUCGUUGUUCACAAUUUCAUUUCAUGCCUAGGUUCGUGAGAGAUUUGCCUGAUAAUGGAAAAGAGAUAUUAUCAAUGAACGAAGUUUUGAUUUAUUGUCUUGAAAAUUCUCAUGACUUAGUCAAAGAAUCAGAUCUCGAGCGAAUACCUCUAAUGAAGCAAAGUGAAUGGGAAAAAGAAGUAGAUAAAGUGAAAGGAAUGAUUACAACUAGACCUGCCAUGAAGCCGUGUGCUCUACGAAUUGAUCAGUUGGACAGAGAUCCUGUUGAAGGCAAAACUAGUCCAUACCCUGAGAUAGUUCAUUUUGGAAUCAGACCCCCCCAACUGAGUUAUGCAGGAAAUCCAGAAUAUCAAAAAGCUUGGAGAGAAUAUGUGAAAUUCAGACAUCUCCUUGCAAACAUGCCUAAGCCAUCGUUUGCAGAUAAAAGAAAAUUAGAAGUUAAAGAAAAUCAGCUUCAGCAGAUGAGAACAUGGACUAAAAUGAAAAGGGAUGUGACCAUCACUGUGAACAGUGAAGGCUUCAAAAGAACCGGAAUCAUGUGUGAUAUCGUUCAGCAUGCGAUGCUGAUUCCAGUUCUUGUUUCUCAUCUACGUUUUCAUAGAUCAUUAGAUGUAUUGGAGGAAACAAUCAAAUACAAAUUCAAGAAUAGGUAUCUAUUGCAAUUGGCUCUUACUCACCCAUCAUAUAGAGAAAACUUUGGUACAAAUCCUGAUCAUGCUAGAAACUCUUUGACCAACUGUGGAAUCAGGCAGCCAGAGUAUGGUGAUCGCAGAAUACAUUACAUGAAUACUCGAAAAAGAGGAAUUAAUACUCUUAUCAAUAUCAUGUCCAGGUUUGGAAAGAAGAAAGUGACUGAAUCGAAUAUCACUCACAAUGAAAGACUGGAAUUCCUUGGUGAUGCAGUUGUUGAAUUCAUCACUUCUAUUCACCUUUUCCACAUGUUUCCACAACUAGAAGAAGGUGGAUUAGCAACUUUCAGAGCAGCAGUUGUUCAAAAUCAACAUCUAGCAGAACUGGCGAAAACUCUGAAAUUGGAUGAUUACAUGCUUUAUGCUCACGGAUCUGAUCUGUGUCAUGAGUUGGAAUUAAGACAUGCAAUGGCAAAUUGUUUUGAAGCAUUAAUGGGUGCCCUCUUCCUUGAUGGAGGAAUCGAAGUUGCUGAUAAAGUUUUUGGAGAAACAUUCAUCAGUGAUAAGCAACAUCUUGAUGUAUGGGUAAAUUAUCCACGUCAUCCAUUGCAAGAGCAGGAGCCUGUCAAUGAUCGCCACUGGAUCAGUAAGUUUGAAACUUUGCAAAAGUUGACGAAGUUUGAGGAGCUGAUCAACAUUCAGUUCACUCAUAUUCGUUUGUUGGCAAGGGCUUUCACCGACCGCAGCAUGGGAUUCACUCACUUGACACUUGGAUCCAAUCAACGCUUAGAGUUUUUGGGGGAUACUGUACUUCAACUCAUCACAUCAGAAUACCUGUAUAAGUACUAUCCUGAACACCAUGAAGGACAUCUGUCGCUGCUCAGAAGUUCCCUAGUCAAUAAUAGAACUCAAGCAAUUGUCUGCGAUGAUUUAGGAAUGACUGAGUACGCACUAUAUUCAAAUCCUAAAGCUGAGCUUAAAACCAAAGAUAGAGCCGAUUUACUUGAAGCUUUUCUGGGCGCUUUGUACAUUGACAAAGGGAUGGAAUACUGUAAAGGAUUCUGCAAUGUUUGCUUUUUCCCUCGCCUCCUGACGUCCAUAAUGAAACAAGACUGGAAUGACCCCAAGUCGAAGCUGCAGCAGUGCUGUUUGACCCUUAGAACAAUGGAAGGUGGUGAACCAGAAAUUCCUGUCUACAAAGUUAUAGAGUGCAUAGGGCCAACGAACGGGCGAGUUUUCACUGUGGCUGUCUAUUUCAAAGGCAGGAGGUUAGCCAAGGCCACUGGAAAUAGCAUUCAGCAGGCUGAAAUGAACUCAGCCAAAGAAGCGCUAGAACAAUCUCACAAUCUUUUUCCGCAACUGGAUCAUCAGAAGCGAGUUAUAGCCAAAAGUUUAUCGCAACAUCCAGCACGACGACAUAGUAAUAAUCAGGUUCGAAAAAAUUCCUCCCAACAAAAUAGAGGAUCACUGAAAAAUAGGUAGUCUAUUAAUUUAGUUUUAUAAUAACGAUUAACAAAUUUAUUUUGUAUUCGAUUUCUCCUUCUAAAAUUCGAAUUCAUUAUCCAUUUCAGCUAAGAUGGCCAAUAAUUGAUGAUUCUUAUAGUUAUAAUAUUUUAAUAUGUGUAUUUGUUUUAAUUUAUAAUUAAACUUUUAAAGUUGGAAAACGUUUUAAUUAAAAUGGUUUAAAAGUAGUUAUUAAUAAAUAAUUAUAAUUUAAUUUUAAUCCAAAUUAAAAUAAUUAAAUAAUAAUAGAACUAGACCAAUUGUCUGAGAUGAUUGAAGAAUGACUGAGUACGCACUAUAAUGUUUAUGUAUUGGCAUAAUUUUAAUUCAUAUUAUUUAUAGGUAUAAUUAGUAAGCUUUUCCAAGAUUAUUACGCUACUAGCUUAAGACAUAAAUUCAAACAAAUAUAAGUGUCCGUUUGGAAUCAGUUUGGAUUGAAUUCACAAUAAUUAUAAUAAAACGGAUUAAAUUAGGCUAUUUAAUGUAUCAACUAUGACCAUAACUGAGCACUAGCUACAAUAGUUCAGAUGAAUUUGAUAAACUUCUGUGAUAACUAUGCUGACAAAUUAUUCAUUUUUAAUUUUAAAGUAUCUCAAGUUAUAGAAAAGAAUUUGAAGAGUUUUAGAGUGUAAAGAGUAAUAUUGAGUAGUGAUAGAUAAUGAUAAUGCAAUGUGAUUUCCGCUUCCCACUCCACAAGUCUCAACGACUAUAUUUUAUCAUUCUUACUUUUACGUUUUACCCCUAUAGAGUUCAAAUUUUCUUCAUCAAAAAAAUAAAGUGUUGAAAUUACCAGUUAGGAGGCUGAAUUUUUUUUUAAUUUGUUAUUUUUAAGUAUCUCAAGUUAUAGCCAAGAGUGUAUUGGACAAUAUUUACUUGUAUAUCUAGGGUAGAAUGUGCAACUUGUUCAAGUCGCCUUAAGCAACAAUUUCCCCAAGGAAGAAAAAUCACUUUUCAUCAGUGAUGUACACAAUAUUUUUCCUCUACCUAUUUAUAAAAAUUUGGAAUAAAAGUCCUCAACUUAUAUGACAUAACAUGUUUCAACAUAACGUAAAAUAAGUUAUAGUUUUAGGCACUAGACCCUCACUUACAGUAUUUUGAUGGUGUUUUCCAUAUAUAGGGAUUUGACUGCAUCAACGAAGAAAUAGUACAAUGGCCACAGCAAUAAUAUAAUAAUUACCGUAUAAGUUAUUGCGGCACAGUUUUUAAAUAUUCUUUAUCAAGUAUUUUUAAAACUUAUUUGCUGAGUUAAUUUGUCAUUAUUAUUAUAAGAAGCUUCAGUAUAAUAAAUAUUACCAGUGGACAUUCCUUCAUUACAUUUUGAAAUCCUGUAAACAUCACAAAGUAUUCUUGAUAAUCCUAUUAUGAUAGAAUACGUUCUGUCACGAGAAAAUUACAGACCACCUUUCGAUUAUUGCAGUUACAUAAUGUGAUACUGUACAAUUUCUUCAAAUUAUCAAGCCUUGCCAUUUUUCAACUCACACUAAUCUAAGAAUAUGUUUUCACGGACUAAUUAUUUUCCCCAUUGGUGAUAGUGUUGAACUGAAAUAUAUUAUGAAUCAUAUUAUUUAUUUAUUGAAGCAUUCAUAGAUACAAUAUCAUUCUCAACUCAUCAUGAAAUAUUGGAAAAGGAACAAAAGGCUUAAGGCAUGAUCGUGCUCCUUUUCCCAAUUUUUUAUAGAAAUAGACCAAAAAUAGGUUAUAGCUUAUAGGUUAUGUUCAUCACUUCUUAAUUUUUGUCCAACUUUGGCCCGUAUGCAAAUGCUCGGUUUGAGUCCAAAUGUAUGUUUAUUAUAUGUUCAAUGAUAAAAACCAAACGCUUAUAAACAUCAUCUAUCGGCAUCAUAAUCUUCUUUAGUUAUAGUUCCAAUGUUAAACCAGAAGUUCUUUUGAGUUGUAGUAUUUUUUAUUGAAUCUUUUGAAAUUGCUUCACAAUUGAUAGUACCUACAAUAUUGAUGAGACUGAGUUUCUACUAAAUUUUCAAUGCUACAUAGUGUUGAAUAAAUCAAUAAGAGGAUGCUAAAUGUUUGGAGUAAAUGAAAAUUCAAAUUUUUAUUUCAAAAAUAAAAUAUGUCUUAAUUUUGUUCAAGCAGUGUCUAUGUUGGAAUUAAAUAUUUUUUAGCUAUAAUAGUGAACAUAGUGUGUGUCUUAUGCAUGUUAUACUUAAUUUCCACGUGAUGCGAAAAUAAAUUGAUAAAUCUAGAUUUAUCAAUGUGUAUACAUGAACUAGAGAAAAUCACUAGUAGGUACCCUUAUUAUUUAUUCUAUGUAUAUCAAACACGACUAAUUUCGGCAAUAACGGCAUAUCAUUAUCAGGUGUAUUUUUUAAAGGAGACUUGAUAAAGGUAUUAUCGCCUAAACUAGUCAUUUUUGCUAUGACAUACUAGGAGACUUCAACAAGUAACGAUAAAAAUAACUACUGAUCAACAUGAAACUUCGAUGACAUGAAGUUGACAACCUUACGAUGGUAUCUGAGUAGUUGUUCAAUCAUAUUUUGUGAGGCAUAAACGCAAAUUUUUCUAAGUUGAUGAUGGAAUAUCCGCUCAAGCAUUGCACAGUAGAACAACAACAUCCUGUGAUCAGAAUUAGUCGUGGAAGGUGAGAAACGUUCUAACAUUCACAAAAUUGUGUUAAAAGAGUACAUAGACAAUUGUUUGAAUUGUUUAAAAAUUGGUAGAACAUUUGUAAAGUGGCUUUUAAAAGUUUCUAAUGAAACGCAGCGGGUUCUUGACUGAAGGCGUGAUCGUGCUAAUGAUCGUUGUAAUAUUAUGAAAGAAAAAUUUCAGAAACUGUGCGAGCGGGAUAUCCGUUCGUAUCCCUCCAACAACACCGACCAGACUCUCAUAUUUUUGCAACCCCUUGAAGAGGAUCUUAAAUGGAAACAUUUUCAAUCUAAUGAAGUCAAAAAUCGUGUGCAAGGAUCGUUCAGAUGAUCAGAUCUGACAUUUUUAGGAAUCAUUCAAUAAUGACUUUUUGUUUAGGAUAUUCUCAAAUCAGCUAAAAUAGUGAAAAAGUGCUGUUCUUCGAAGUAUUGUAACCAAAGUUUUUACUGAUUGAAUAAGCCGUUUUUGAGCAGUAUUUAUUUGAACAUUUUUGUUCCAAUAAUAGUAUAUUUCCAAUUAUUGUAUUGUAUGUGUGACAUUUGCUGUAUAUUGUGACGGAGGUCACAUUCUCAAGAAAGAAGACCUCAGAAGCGGUUACAAUAAGACUUAUUCUAUUCUAUUCCACAGUGCAGUGUCUGUGCGGAAAUGCUAUCAUUAUUAUCAAAUAAUAGAAAUAAAAUUUACUCAAAUUUUGAGUAAAUUUUCUGUUAUCCUUUCAAAAUAUUAUUGAACAACUACAGUACUCAGAUGUUAUUGUAAGGUUGCCAAGUUUCGUGUGGAUAAAUUCAGCCGUUUUUGAGGAAUAGUAAUUUGUCUCGUUACUGAUUGAAGUCUCCGCGUAUAAUAAAUGGUAUUAAUGAUUUUCUCUAAUUAAACAUUCAAUUAGCCCAAUUAAAAUACUUGAUUAAAAAAUAAAAAGUCUAUACACUGUAUAUCAUUAUAUUUAAUUUAGUCACAUUUUUUAUCCCAAUGAUAAUAAUUAUUGUGUUACAUAAAUAAUGGUUUUUAUUUUCAUGUUUCGAAAAUGAGAAACUUGAUGAUUCUAUCACAAUUACAAACAUUCCAGCUAUUGGAAUUCAGCAAGAAGCAGAGUAGAAUGAUAUCAAAUAUGCAAACUGUCGAAUGUUAUCGUUUCUGAAUUAGAUUUAGUGUUGCUCAGCCAAGAUUCUAAGCUAAUAAGGUUUUAUAAUCUUGAUUUGUUUUUUUUUUUUAUUUAU